GCCAUCAAAAUCACAAAUCAUAACUCAAAUCACAAGUGGAUAGAAGGGACUUUAAAUAGGUCAGAAAGACAUGAAAUCAGUCAAAAAGACGCAUGAUGUGUCGGAUAACACGUGGUUUGUGCGGAUAAUUCAUUGGUUUUUCCAGAAAUGUUCAGCUGUUAUUUGCUAUUGUCCAUGGACCUGCAUCAUUCUUACCAUAAUGCUCACAUUAGUGUUAUCGCUGAAAAUCCCAUUUACAAGAAUGCAGAAUGAUAUCAGUGAUUUCACACCGUUUGGUGCAAGAUCUAGAGUGGAAUUAGAGAAGUACCGAAAGUUUUUCAACAAUCACGGAGAACCCAAGGCUAUCUAUGCGUUCAUCACCUCUAAAGUUGGGGAUAACAUGCUCGGAAUCUCCCAAUUGAAUGAUACCGUUCAUGUUUUGGAUACGAUUUCACGAGAUUUCUACCUAAAAACUUCACAAGGUCCCAAGAAUUUCGAGGAGUACUGUAGCGGCUUCUGCUUACUCAAUGAGCCAGUCAAACAUUUUUACAGUGGAAUGCUAAUUUCCGGCCAACAUGGAACAGACUUCAGCCAUUUGGAUUUGGGGUACCCUAUCACUACAGUACUCGGAACAAAAUUGUACAUGGACCCCAACUUUUUUGGUGUGAAAGUCACUACUAGUAAUAAUAAAGUGGAAAGUAUUGCGGAUGGAAAUACCAAGCUUUUUGGAGAUCAUACGAAGCAAGAACCAAAUAAUAUUCGAGAAGUGUCCUUGGUUGUUCUACAAUUCCGAUCUGAACUAGGAGAUGAGGUUACUCCAGAAGACUUGAGAAAUUACGAGCAUCAAAUUUUGGAUUACAUUCAUGAUGAAUAUCAAUCGGAGCACAUCAACGUCUACAUCCUCACAGAUUCUUAUAUCACCGAGGAAAUUGUCAGAGCUGGGCUUACUCUGUUACCGUUCUUGGUAAUUGGGUUUACUAUCAUGGCAGUGUUCUCAUCAAUUACCUUUGUAGUCAGUGCUUAUUAUACGAAGCAGUUGAAUUUUUAUAAGCCAAUCCUUGCUGUAAUGGCUUGCGUCUGCCCCUUCAUGGCUUGCGGAGCAAGUCUUGGAGCAAUGUUCUUCAUCGGUUUCCGAUUCGGCUCUAUUCUCUGUGUGACACCAUUCCUGGUACUCGCUAUUGGAGUUGACGACUCGUAUCUGAUGGCUAAUGCAUGGCAGAGAAUUACAUGUCAUCGGAGGAAACAUGCCCGAUUCGAAAGUGUAAAUGUGGAAUUGAAGAACAGAAUAACUGAAAUGUUUAUUGAAACUGGACCAUCUAUUACAAUUACGACAAUCACUAAUGCAUUGGCUUUUGGAAUUGGUGCAACAACUCCGGCUGCUGAAAUUCAACUUUUCAGUAUAGGAAAUGCGCUGGCAGUUAUCACAGACUUUGUGUUCACAAUAACCUUCUAUGGAGCCCUGAUGGCCGUUGUCGGUCGCUACGAGAUCGAACAAGAGCUCAAAACGCAGAAACCUCUUCCAGAGUCCGAAUCUCCAUCGGAAACUAGCUCCACUGGAUCUAUGAGAUCUUCCGAGCUGGACGAUUGCAAAUUCCGUCGGAUGAUCGCAAAUGUCUGUAAAUUUUUGACAAACACAUGGGUUUGUUCAGUGGUUCUGGGGCUUUUGGCAGUUUAUUGGUACAUUUGUAUUGUUGGAACAGUUAAUAUAAAAUCCGAGUUGAGUCCAAAUAAACUGUUCUUAGCGGAAAGCAAUAUUGUGGAGAUUUUCAAACAACGAAAGUCGCAUAUAAUCCCAUACUACUCUGCUUGUUGGGUUCUAGUUGAAAACCCUGGUGAUAUCAAUAAUCCUAAUCAAAGAGCGAAACUGGAGGAGUUAAUCGAAUCGUUUGAAGCUCUGCCAUCAGCAAAUGGUAGAUACUCUACAAAAUUCUGGUUGCGAGACUACGAAGAUUUCCUGAAACAAUCCGAAGAAAUUGAUUUGCCAAUGGAAGAAGAAGAGGAUGAGGAACUGGCAAUUCAGUUUACUGUGAAUGGGAGUCAAGUGGUCACUCCAUCACAACCAUUCGGACAGGGGAAUGAGUUGAGGCAGUUUUUGGAAUGGCCAGAGUUCUCGUUCUGGAAGGGAUUUAUUCAGGUCAACGAAUCCACGUAUCAAAUGUCAAAAUUCUUGGUCACCACGGCCUACCACGGGUCCGACCUUGUGGACUGGUCCAAUCGCGCCAAGCUCCUCAAUGAGUGGAGAUCAGUGGCGGAUCAAGACAAAUUCAAGUCCCUUAAUGUGACCGUAUACGAGGAGGAUGCAAAGUUCUUGGACUUGAUCGAAACAAUGUCCCCAGUCGCCAUUCAAUCAGCCCUCUGGACAUUUGCCUCAAUGUUUCUUGUGGCAGCACUCUUUAUUUCCCAUCCUCCAACACUUUUCGUCGCCACCUUUUCCAUUCUCUCUACUUCAUUGGGAGUUUUCGGUAUAAUGUCAUGGUGGGGUGCGGAUCUAGAUCCAAUUAUGAUGUCAGCUACAGUAAUGUCAAUUGGUUUCUCAGUUGACAUACCUUCCCAUGUCAGUUAUCACUUCUACCAGACAGCUAAGGACACUUCAGAUAUUCGGAGAAGGCUUCAGAUGACGAUUGAAGCAGUCGGAUUCCCGAUCUUCGAAGCAUCGUUAUCCACGUCGCUGUGUGUGAUGUCACUUUUCUUUGUCGAUUUGAAUAUGGCGCAGAUUUUCGCAAAAUGUAUGCUUCUCGUUGUAGUAAUUGGAAUGGUUCACGGAAUGCUCGUGAUGCCUGUAAUAUUUGCACUUUUGGAUACAGUACCCCGGAAGCUAAAACCAAGAAAGCAACAUUUGGCGUCGACAGUCACUGUGGUCACCGUGGUGCCGUGAAACAUUUUAAUAAUUUCUAGAAUAUUGUAUAUGUAAAUAAUUGUUCUCCGAUUUCGAGUCUAGUUUCUCAUGUUACGGGUUAACCUUAUUCUCUGUCUCUCUGUCUCGGUUUAUAAUUUGACUAUUGAAAAAUAAAUUUCCUUCAAAAAAGUUAA